UACGCGAAAAACAAAAUCUUUUGCAAACUUUUUUGUACUUAUCUCAUGAUGUCGUAUGAAACCCUACUUUUUUCAGAACUACAUGAUCUCGCAUUUCCUCCAAUUACGAGGGAUAUGAUGGAGGAGACGGCUAGACUCACCCAAGAGCGCUAUGAUUAUCCGAGAGGUGUUGCCUUUAUGGACGGCAAACAUAUUGCUAUUGACAAGCCUCCGCACUCAGGGAGCUUGUUUUGGAAUUACAAAAAUUUUUAUUCCAUCAUAUUAUUGGCAAUGACCGACGCCGACUAUCGGGUAUUGGCUUACGACAUCGGGGCGCCAGGUCACGCCGGUGACGCCGGUGUCUACCGUUCCUCGCCUAUAAAGGUAGGCAGUAAACAUCAUUAA